GAAGCCCAAUGUGAGUCGACGGUCAAUCGUAAUGGGCCCAUCACACCAACAACAAAAUUGAAACAAAACAAACCAAAUAGUUCGCCUUCCGGAAGCCCCAACCGACGCCCUUCUCCGCUCUGUCUCCCUCUCAGAGCUCAUUUCUUUCUGCGAGCGAAGCAAAUCACUGAAUCCCACUCCAAAAUACACUCCUGCUUUGUCCUCAUUUCCGCCCAAUUCCCCCGUAGAUCCACCCAAAUUCAACGCCGUAAUUCCAUAACCCCGGAUCAGCCCUAGCAGAUCUCACAAGAUCAAACAACUAAACAAAUGUCGUGCUUGGCACUUUCUCUCCAACCAGCCAACGGAUCCGACAUCCUUCUCCAAACCCGAGAAUGGUUUCCGCCAGCCCGUGCCCUAAUUGCCCUCCAUGCCUUCCGCCAAACCCGUUUUGCCUUCUCCAACAAAACCCCUGCGUCCGCUGCCGCUUCCACCUCCGCCCCGUCAUCGUCCUCCACCUUCGAAUCUGAUACUGCCACCGAAUCCAUCGGCGACGACCCCCUUGCUGCCUCCAGCGGCCAAUUAAUAGUUGGCGUUGAAAGUAAGUAUCGCGUCGUUUACCGCCUUGUGAACUCCAUUUACGUCCUCGGAAUCACUACCGCCGAUCAUGACAAUUUGAUCAACGUCUUCGAGUGCAUCCACAUCGUUAAUCAAGCCGUUAGCGUCAUUGUAACCGCCUGCCGCGGCGUGGACGUCACCCCCGAAAAACUCGCCCGCAAAUAUGCCGAGGUUUACAUGGCACUCGACAUUGUCCUGCGUGGAGUCAGCAACAUCCGUCUCGCCGCCAUGCUUUCCUCUAUGCACGGCGACGGGAUCGCCAAGAUGGUCCAUUCCGCACUCGACACCGAAGCCAAGAUCCGUGGUGCUGACACGUGGCUUAACGUGGAAGCCCAUUCGGUCGAACACCAAUCCAACGUUGAAGCCUUUUCCAGUGCGAAUUUCGAAUUGCCACCGGAAACCCUAGCGGCGGGGGAUCGGAUAGCUUCAACGCUCGUACCUCAGAGUACAAGUGAGCAAGACGAGAAAAUGAUUAAAGAAGAGCAAUCAGAAGCCGUAAAGGAUCCGUUCGCAGCGAGUGAAUCCAUAAAUAAGCAAGAAGAGUUAGUUGGAGGGUUUAAGAAGACGAAGGAUCCAUCAGCUACUGAUUUAACGGUGGCGUUGGCGGGGUUAGAGGUGACGACAUUGCCUCCAGCUGAAGCAACCCAAUCUACGGAUAUUAGUGUUGAAGGGUUUGAAGGGAAGUAUGGAGGUAUUGAGUUUGGCAAUGAACAGGCUACCCUUGGAGAAGCUUUUGAAGGGUUUAGUGAUGCUUGGGGUGGAGGAUUGGAUGCUUCCGAGUUUUUGGAAUAUAAAAAGGUUAAGAAACAGGAAGGACUUAGUGGGCUUGAACUUUUGCAAACUGGGGAUAGUGCUGCUCCUCCAACUGCAGCUGUGGCUGGUGCUGAUGGAGGAAAGUCUCUUGAGGAUGUUUUGGUGAAGAAGACUGAGAUGAAAGGUCCUGAAAUGUAUAUUUCAGAGGAGAUUAGUGCAGAGUUUAGGGAAUCAUUGCUUGCAAGAGUUGGAUUAAUGGGUGUGGUUUACUUGAGAACUAUGCCUCCUAAAAAUUCUGGUGAUAGGGAUACUGAGUUUUCAUUUCGUGUUGAAGGUACAAGUUCGGUUAAGAGGUUUGUUAUGCAGAGUUCACGGGUUAGUAGCCUAGGUAAUGGAAUGUUUCAUGUGAGAACUGCCCCAUCUGAGGAGCCUAUACCGAUUUUGAAGUAUAGUUUGUUACCUAGGUUGACACCAUUGCCUUUGAGAGUUAGGUUGAUUAAGCGUCAAAGUGGGACUUUACUUUCAGUAAUGAUACAGUAUAUUUCAAGCCCGGAGUUACUAGCACCAUUGAAUGAUGUAACCUUUGUUCUGAAAUUGCCAGUUGAUCCAACAUUGUUAAAGGUUUCACCUAAAGCUGUGUUGAGCAGAUCAGAGAGAGAAUUGAAGUGGCAUGUGCCAGAGAUUCCACUGAAGGGUACUCCUGGCAAGUUAAGAGCGAGGAUGCCUGUGGAUUCUAGUGAAGAUGACGAAGAACUAGAAGUUGUUGGUUAUGUAAAAUUUUCAGUGCAAGGAGCUACUUCAUUGUCUGGGGUCUGUCUGCGGCCUGCUUCUGAGGGUAAGACAGAUUUUUAUGAGGUGAAUCAUCGGUAUGAGAGUGGGGUUUAUAUGUGCAAUUGAACUGUGAUAAGGUAAUUAUUUCCAUACAAAAUUGUUGUGUUUUUCUAAUCUUCCCUGUUCUUUUUGAGGAGAGAUGUGAUUUGGUCACUUUUGUAGAAUUCUUGGAUAUUGAUCUUGUAAUCUAGAUUGACUUUUGUAAGAGCUUGUGUCUUCCUGUUGUUUACUAUUGAUUUUCACUGGCGGCAUGUUAA